UUAUGGAGAGAUCCUAUCUUAAGACUUGUUCAGAUGUUAACUGUUCUCACAGUUCCUGUGAUGGAAGUGAUAGCUUCUGCACACACUGAGGGAGUUGUGUAAGCUUGCUAAAGACCCUGGUUACGUUGGCCAGUUCUCUGCUGCAGCUUUUUUGGUUAUAUGAUGAGAGGUUAUUUUAGGAACAAGAAUGUAAUCAAGUCAAAAAUCAAACUUCAGCCAUUUGUGCAUAUCUGUUGUGCAUAGGUAUGUUUUGGUUGCUGGGCAUUGCUUACGAUAGAAGUUGGAAGAAUCAUUCAAUUUCAUUUCUCCAAGUGGUCUUUCCUGUCUGCAAAUAGUGGCUUUCCUGGUAUGAUUUCAUUUCAGACUGCUGAAUGCUGUUUUCUCCUCUGUACUAAAUGUACAUUUGUCUGUCUAUCAGAAAUGUUUUGGUGAAAAUAAUAAAACCCAAAGAGGAACAAAAAUAUUUCCUUGUGCUUUUUUUCCCCUUAUAGAUUAGCUGUGGCUAUGUUUAGUUGUGACCUCUUUCUUUCCUAAUAUGGGUUUGAAAUUCACACUUCUGCCAGUGAGCAGAGCAAAUUUAAUAAAACACUCAGGUAAGAUGAGGUGAAGAUGUUGGAGUAGUAAGCCAUGCUUCUGUCAUGUUUGUGGUGUCGUGGUGCUUCCCUCUGUAAUCACAAUGGCCUUGGAAUGCCUGGGUAGAAAAUGCCUUCAGAAAGCGUGCAUAUCAGCUGGCAGUAUCAUAACUGUUUUAGUGAAACAGUCUUUAUCCUAACAGAGGCAUGCUGUCUGACAAAUUGAGCAAGUUGCCAAGAUCAUCAUUCAAGUCUGAAAUACCAUUUAUGAAUGAAGGAGCCAUAAUUACCAAACCACCUUAUAACAGGAAAUGCAACCCCUAUCUUGAGCUGUGAGAGGAUCAGUGUUAGUAUUAAGAGAAAGCACAGCCUCUGAAUAGUGGUCUCAUCAAUGAUGCAAAGUCAGGGCAAAUGAGAAAGCAAAUCUCUUGAAAUAUAAGCAGUGGUACUUUCCUGGAGGGAGGAGAUGGGAAUUCUCCUGUUGCUCUGAGUGUUGCCAGGUGCAAGAAGUGGUCCACAGUGGUGGUGGACAGUUAUUCUGAGUGACGGCCCUUGCACACGCUUCUGAGUGGUUAUCAUGGGCUUCAUUGCCUUUCUGAAGACCCAGUUCAUUGUUCACCUCCUCAUUGGGUUCGUCUUUGUUGUGAGUGGACUGAUCAUUAACUUCAUUCAACUAUGCACACUAAUCCUCUGGCCCAUAAACAAGCAGUUUUAUCGCCGAGUAAACUGUCGCCUUGCCUAUUCACUUUGGAGCCAGUUAGUAAUGCUGCUGGAAUGGUGGUCGGGCACAGAGUGCACCUUGUUUUCUGACGAGGCUACGGUGAAUACCUUUGGGAAAGAGCAUGUCAUCAUCAUCUUGAAUCACAACUUUGAAAUUGACUUCUUGUGUGGCUGGACUAUGACGGAGCGCUUUGGAGUGCUGGGGAGUUCCAAAGUUCUUGCUAAGAAAGAGCUACUGUACGUGCCCCUAAUUGGCUGGACAUGGUACUUCCUUGAGAUUGUUUUCUGCAAAAGGAAAUGGGAAGAAGACAGGGAUACAGUUAUUGAGGGAUUAAAACGUUUGGCUGACUAUCCUGAAUACAUGUGGUUUCUCCUGUAUUGUGAAGGAACUCGUUUUACAGAGACCAAGCAUCGUAUCAGUAUGGAGGUAGCUGAAUCCAAGGGGCUGCCCAAACUGAAGUACCACCUGUUGCCCAGAACCAAAGGUUUUACCACUGCUGUCCAGUGUCUCAGGGGAACAGUUUCAGCAGUGUAUGAUGUAACACUAAAUUUCAGAGGAAACAAGAACCCAUCUUUAUUAGGAAUUCUUUAUGGAAAGAAAUAUGAAGCAGAUAUGUGUGUAAGGAGAUUUCCUCUGGAAGAUAUCCCUCAAGAUGAAAAGGAAGCUGCAAACUGGCUUCAUAAGCUUUACCAAGAAAAGGAUGCUUUGCAAGAGAUGUAUAAUCAAGAAGGCACAUUUCCUGGCCAGCAGUUUAAACCACCUAGGAGACCAUGGACCCUCCUAAACUUUCUUUUCUGGGCCACAGUUCUUCUCUCCCCUCUCUUCACAUUUGGCUUUGGAGUUUUUGCAAGUGGAUCACCUCUCCUUAUCCUUGCAUUCCUGGGAUUUGUUGGAGCAGCUUCCUUUGGAGUUCGUAGACUGAUAGGAGUAACUGAAAUAGAAAAAGGCUCCAGCUAUGGCAACCAAGAAUUCAAGAAAAAGGAAUAACUGACAGCUGCAGUUCAGCACAUAUAACCAGACUAUGGUAUCCAAUUAACUUCAGUUAAAAACAAAAAAAAACAAAAACAAUAAACAUUUAGAAACUA